CGUUUUUAUUAAACCCAACACGAAAAAUGAAAUAUCGGGUGAGGACGUUAUAACAAGAUAGCGAAAAACACAUUUUUGCAUGCACACCUAUUAAUAUUAAAUAAUCAUCGAUUAAAAAGAAACUGUUUUCACCUUUCACUUGUGCCGUUACAUUUCUAACGCUCCCAUCAUGAAAACGAACAAGUUUUUUUAAAAAAAGAAAAGAAAAGAAAAGAACGACAAAGGUAUAGACUAAGAUGGAGUGGAAUAUACGAAUAUAGAGAUGCAGGAGCGCGCGGUGUUUCUUUUAUAAUGUCAAAAAGGAAGAUGUCUGGGUGUUUUUCGCUGCUGCACUGGUCUACGACUUAUAUAGUAGUUUGUAUGUGAGUAGAUGGCUCUAUCUUAGUUCUAUUCCUUGACUCAGGUAUCUCCGCUCAUUAAAGCCACGCGUUUUUUUUCCCUCUCUCUCUUUUCUUUUUUGACUCUCUUCAUUUGAAUGGUUGAUGUCUUGUUUCCAGUCCUGGAACCGAGGGGAGCACACACAAAUUUCAACAACAAAAUAAAAAAAUGUGGUUGAAAGAGAGAGAGAGAGAGAGGACUCCCCCUGGGCUUAUUUGAACCUUCUUCUCUUCUAUUUUCUUCUUCAAUUCUUGGCCCUCUUUUCGAUUCCGUAGUCCCGCCCAGCUAUACUAUACUCUGACUGGGCACGCUAGCGUGUGUAGGUUUUUAUAAUAGCCGAGAAGGAAGAGAUGAAGGAACCCGACCGCUUUGGUCAUCGUCCGCUUGGCUUGCCGACGAAAUUGUGCGAGAUCUUGUUGAAUCACUCUUUCAACAACGGAAUCAAAAGCCAUUUUGAGGACGUCACAGCCGUACAUGGACCUUUACACACAUUGAAUACGGUUAAAUACAUAACCGGAAUGGCCGAAAGAUGUGGAGGAAUCAUGUUUGCCUCGAGUGACUUUCACAGUCGGUGCUAUUCAACAAGUGGGCAGACUUUGAAAAUCAUCAGUUGGAUUCUUCAAAAAUAAGAAAAGAAGGAAAAAAUGUUUUUUUUUUUAUUCUGAUUGAGUGUUCGAGCGAGAACGCGAGCUGAGGGUGCCUGGCAUGAUGUCUUGGGUGGGGGUCUUUUCUUUCAAAAAAGUUCUUCUUCGAUUUUUUCUUCUACUUCUUCCUUUCUUCUCUUAUCUGAUAUGGCCACUCCUUCGCCACCCAUCCGUUUCUCGGUGGAGUAGGUGGAGGAGGAGCACAAGGAGGAGAGAAAGGUUCCCCGUCGAGAUUGAAAACUUCUCCCAAGCCACCACAACACAGUGGACGAGCAGCCAACAAGUGAGAGAAGGAAAACGAAGCAAAAGAGAAAGAGAGACGGAACAUAGAAGAGACCACAAGACGACUCAACUCGGUCGAGUCAACACGUACCGUGAAACGGCAAGAGUCUUUUGCGCUAGACACUCGGUUGCCCUUUUGAUGACUUCUCCUCCAUCUCGAGUUACACGACAUCUGUUUCUUCUCCGGCUUGAUUCCAGUGUGUGUUUGUGUUUUAACUACAACAUCUUUCGGCUCGAAACUGAACGAUUCCAAAGGAUUAUUUGACACAUUCCACACCUACCCCCCCCGUCCCUCAAAAGAGCCUCAAUUAGCCAACACUUGUGGUUUAGUGUACACGGCUAUUUUACAAAUCAAGUGGACAGUGUUUCUGACUAAUCGUUUUUGUAUUUGACUCAAACUUGUUUGUGCAGUGGUUUCGUUUGUUUUGUUUUUGCUCGUGAAUUACGUUGUCGAAUUGCGGCGACAAGAGGAAUUCGAUAAGAUGCCGCCUACCGACGGCCAAGUUGUCCUGUCGGCGCCUCCGACCAGCACCAACGGCCCACCUGGCGAUUCCAACGCCGCGUUAGCCGCCAACUCUGCCCUUUCCGUCCCGUUCACGUGCAAUUUUUGCCAGCGAUCAUUUCCGCGGUUAUCUCUCCUCAAAAAACACGAACAGGCUCAUAGUGACGAGAUGCCCUUUCGCUGCGAUUUCUGCUUGCGACUCUUCAAGCACAAAAGAUCUCGUGAUCGUCACGUCAAACUCCACACGGGCGAUAAAAAAUAUCGGUGCCAACAUUGCGAGGCCGCCUUUUCUCGAAGUGAUCAUUUAAAAAUCCAUGUCAAGACGCACGACACCCGCAAGCCAUUCCAAUGCAGCGUCUGUCAACGCGGUUACAGCACGGCGGCAGCUCUGACGUCGCACAUGUUAAACCAUCGACGUGAAUCCGGAUCACGUUGCGGAUCGCUUUGUUCGUCAACUUCCAGCGUUUCGGCAGCUUCAACCACCUGCUCGUCUGCCACACCCAAUCACGGCCGUAGCACGUCAUCCAACGCGUCGACGCCUUGCCCGACAUCGUUGCCGUCAUCGUCACCUGUUUCACCGCCACCGACGCCAACAAACGACGCUCCAAGCGUUCGAACGAUGAGCCCAUCGACGGCUAUCAAACAGCAUCCGCCUCCAUCGUCUGUCACUCCGCCCAUGGAACUGCCCAACAGUCCAGCCAGUCCACCCAUUUCGCAGUACCAGAAUCAGCAGCAAACAUCACCGGAAAUGGACAAGUCGACUGUAAUCCGACCGGCUUUGCAACUUGCGGUUUCAGAAAUGGCCAGUCCUUUGUCGAAAUCAGACGCGGUUGUCAAAGAGGACGACGUGAUGGCCACUGCCAAAGUUUCACCUAUCGCCCUCCAGUGCCCUUACUGUGCAAAAGAAUCUUUUUCUUCAUUGGCCGCGCUCAGCCUUCACGUCCAAACUCUUCACGGGCCCUUGAGUCGCCGCGAUGGCCAACAUGGCGGCGCUGAUGCUGGACAACAAGGACUACUCUACGCUUGUCAGUUGUGCACGUUGCGAUUCGGCAAUUUGCCCGCUCUACAGCAACACACUUUAUCGGCUCAUAGUCUGGCUGAUCUUCUACAACUUUAUUGUCCAGCACCGGCGGCCAAAAUUGGACCACCUGGCGAACAGUCGGACGCGCAAAACUUCCCCACCGAUCUGAGUUGCCCCAAGAAACGGAACGAAGUGGAAGAAGAAAUCGAAGGCCGCUUUUCUUGCCCGCAAUGUCCGUCGGAAUUUAAACAAUCGGAAAUCGAAGCGUUUCAGGCACACGUGGCUGGCCAUUUGAUGUCCAGCUGGAACGAGUAUGGCUGCUCGUCGUGCGUUAAGAGCUUCACUACACCCGACGAACUUCAGAAACAUUUGCUGGACAUGCACGCUCAUCAUCUCUAUCGAUGCGCCCUCUGUAAAGAAACGUUUGAUUCAAAAGUUUCCAUCCAAGUUCAUCUGGCCGUUCAGCACAGCAGCGAAUCGAAAUUGUACCGAUGCACGGGCUGCCCGGCGUCGGAUGAAACGUCUUCCGUUUUCCGAACCGAAGCGGAGUUCAACACGCACGUCGUGGUGGCGCACACUUCACGAAUUCCGCCUGUUAAGCAACAACCUGUGGCCCUCCUCAAAUGUCCACUUUGCCCGCAGUCCUUUGCGGUGGAAUUCUUGCUGGAACGGCACAUGCAUCUAACUCAUCAUGGCCAUCGAUUACCUUCUUCAAGCGACGCACCGUUGACGGCUAUGACUAGCGAGAGUUCAACUCCGGCCAAAGUGGAAAAGACGGACAAGUCUGAAAAUAACUCGACAACAUCCACGGUGCUGAACCUGAGCCUCAAUUGCGCUUAUUGCGGCGAAACGUGCAAAUCGAGAUCGGAGCUGGAGGCUCACAUGAAGAAUGCCCAUCAUCCGCCAAGUAGCAAUGGUCCGUCUAGCUCUAAUUUACUUCCAUCGCCGGCUGCAAAUGGCCGAAUCAAAUGCAACAUUUGCGAUGAGAUUUUUUCUUCGGCUUCGAUCUUGGCCGAACACAAAUUGUCUCAUUGCAAAGUGUCCGGCGCUGCUGUUUGCGCCCAGUGCCGCGUCCCUCUACCGACCGAGGAAGCUUACUAUGCCCACCUGCAAGCCCCGCCUCACGGCCCUAGCGCUACGCCUCCCCUGACGUGUUUAGUAUGCCGGCAGACGCUCAAUUUACCCCUGGAAGUCGGUUUGCAUGCUCGCUUCCACACUGCCGGCCAGUCGGCCGGCCCUCCACAACCGGAACCAUCCCUGUAUCCGUGUUCCUUCUGCCACCGUCAUCUGGAAUCUACCAAUUUGAUUGCCAAUGGAAUGGCUUUAAACGGGCAGCAAACUUACAUUUGCAAAGAUUGCCUUCACGCUCACAAUCAGAUGAUGGUCCACCAACAGACGGCCCUCUUCCCACUGCCCCAGCCGCCGCCCAGGAGCUAUCAGUGUAUCAAGUGCCAGGAGAUCUUCGCCACUGAAGCAGAAAUUCAAUCUCACGUGGCCAGCCAUCUAGUGUCGGAGGGAUGUCUGCAUCCGUGUCGCCUCUGUGCACGCCAGUUCGACACGCCUCUCAAACUGCAGGCCCAUUUGAUUGAACACACGUUUGCUGGCUGUCCAGCCUUCGCUUGCUACCUGUGCGGAUGUCUGUUCACCGCCGCCGCCAAUUUGCAACGCCACAUGUUUGACCAGCAUGGUGGCGCUGUCGGAUUGAGACCCUACGAUUGCUCUCGUUGUCAUCUCAAGUUCUUCUUCCGGGCCGAGUUGGAGAAUCAUUUGCUCAGUCACAUUGAACCGCAACCUGCCGGUGGAUCGGCACAACACCCGUCGACAAUGGAACAGGAUAAAGCGACGGAUGUGCCGGAAGAAUCGAGGAGUUUCAACGACGAAGAAGAGGAAGAAUUGAAUGACGAAGAUGAUAACAUCUCUGUGACAUCUUCAUCGCACGCGUCCGAGAUCACACUGUCGGAUGCUCAAAAGGCGGCCAAUGCCAUACCGGAAGAGAUUUCGGAAGAAAGGAACGGCAAAGAUUCUGAGAUGUCCGACAGCUCAGAUUCUUCUUCUCUCUUUUCGUCAGCUUGUUCCAGUUCAUCCUCUGUAACGCGGAAAGAGCAACCGGAAUCUUCAGCGACGAGUUCAUUCCGGUGCGACCGCUGUGACCAAUCGUUUCCGUGCCUCAGCAACUUGCAGGGCCACGUUCGCAUCCACACGCAAAGCCGUCGAUUCACCUGCCCAGAGGCCAGUUGCGGCAAAGAGUUUGCACUACGCCGGAAUCUUCACAUUCACAUGCGGUCACACACCGGUGACCGUCCCUACUCCUGCCCGAUGUGCCCGAAGCGAUUCGCCCGGAAGGAGAAUCGCAAAGCUCAUCUCAAGUUGCACAGCGGAGUGAAACCUUUCAGCUGUUCCAUUUGUUCCAAGACCUUCGCCCGCAAAAGCCAUUUGAGUGAACACGGCCGUACCCAUUCCUCUGCAGCCGAUCAUUCACCAUCAGUUAACAGUAGUGCCAAAAUGCCUGUUGCGGCAGCAGAACCGAACGGGACUGCCACGGAAAACUCCGUUGAUAUCAACUAGCCAAAAAAUUGUUUGCGUACAUAUAGUUUAUGUGAUGGUUCGUUUUUUUUUUUUUUUUUAAGAUUACUCUCACAAUCUUGAAUGAGUUUCGGCUUAUAUAAUAAUUGUUUUCUUUGAUAUUGCUCAGUGUGCGUGUCGGUUAAAGUUUGAACGAAAUCGAUUUUCUGUUACUUCCA